UUUUUCAAUGUAAUUUCGAUCGCUUUCUAAUAUACUUGUUGGUCAUUUGGGUCAGUAAGGGAUGCUCACACGAUAAAGAAGGGGAACGUUUUGUAUCAGAUCUUUUGUUGAUUCUUAUACAAGGAUGUGUUAGCUUUUGUUCGUAAAUAUGAAGUAAUUAGAUCGUUUAGUCGCAGAAGAAGUGAUUCUUUUAUCAUUUUGAUAAUUCACGCUUUCGUUAGUUUCGUGAGGGUCUUGAACUGAAAUGAAAAGGACAAAAUUCGGGACAAGAUAAAGCACCUUCGUUGGUCAACUUGUAUAUAAGGGUGGACAAAAUAUUUCGACACCACUGUCUAGCUUGAAAGUGCUUCAGAAAGGUGUUCGAAUUAAUCUUAUAAAUUUGGAUACAACUAAUAGAUAAAUAGAUAUGAAUUCCACAACUGUAUUUAGCCUUGUACUAAUCUGUGUCAUUGUCCUGACCGAUGCUAAACAAAAUAAUCCCUCUAUUAAUACUCGCUCAACCACUGCCAACUCUACCAAUUUGCGUUCUUCAGCAAGUGACAAGGUAACCGCCAAAGCUGCCAGAAGUGAAUUUCCUCACCACGGUUAUGAGCAUCACUACCCGCAUCAUUUUGGACACGUAGGUGGUUUUGGACACUACAAAGAAUUCGAGCACCUACUCUUACCUCUUCUGAUUGUUUUAGGAUUGGGUGUCCUUUUUAUGCCCAUUCUGGGAAUGCUAAUGACCACUCUUGUGGGCAACGUGCCAGUGACCACAUUGGUGUCCGGUCGUAAAAGGAGAGAUUUGGGGGUCACUAAAGAAAUGGAGCAAACGAUUAUGGACCUGUGGGGUAAAGUUGAAAAAGCAGUGGCAGCUUUUCAAAAAGACUUAUAAAACUCGAAUGUAUUGAUUAAACUCUUUGAUAAGGAUAUUCAAAAUUUGACGAAUGAUAUAUUUAGGAUGUGUACAUUUAUAAUCUAAUUCUUAUUAUAAAUAUUUAUUAUUAAAAUAAAUCUUUAAAGUUCCUCUGCUUUUUACGUUGCGUUACGUCAUAUCAUUAAAAUCUAAGCCACUAUAAAGAUUAAAAUUUCAUGAACUGCAAAAUAUUGGAAAUUUAAAAUAGCUUAAGGAAAAAACUGUUAUAGAUUGCUGAUAAUUA